AUGGACAACCUCCGAAAGACCCCUGUCAGGCCGUGGAAGAAAGGCCCCGCCCGCGGCAAAGGCGGGCCCCAGAACGCCUCCUGCGAAUACCGCGGUGUCCGGCAGCGGACCUGGGGCAAGUGGGUGGCAGAGAUCCGGGAGCCCAAGAAGCGGACCCGCCUCUGGCUGGGAUCGUUCGCCACCGCCGAAGAGGCCGCGCUGGCCUACGACGAGGCCGCCCGCCGCCUCUACGGCCCCGACGCCUACGUCAACCUCCCCCACCUCCGCGCCAACAUCGGCUCCUCCAUCGUCGGCAAGCCCCCCCAUCGGUUCAAGUGGUUCCCUUCCAAGAGCUUCACGCCCGCGAUGCCCACUUGCGGCCUCCUCAACCUCAAUGCCCAGCACAACGUUCAUGUCAUCCACCAGAGGCUCCAAGAGCUCAAGAACUCCAAGCCCUCCUCCUGUUCUUCUUCGUCCUCCUCUGCCUCUUCUUGUCCCAGUACCUUUCGGAGUUCAGAGCCACCAGCAGUGGUGCCGAUAGAGACCCGGUUGGAGAGCUCGGUCAUCGGAGGGCGAGAAGUGGUCCAUCAGCUGCCGGUCGAGAGAAAUCCACCAAGUGCGGUGGAGAAGCCUCAGAUCGAUCUCAAGGAAUUCCUCCAGCAACUGGGAGUGCUGAAGCCGGAGAGCGCACCGGAGGGCGGCGAGAGCGCGGGGAACUUGGCUCUGCCGGAGCAAACGCUGGAGGUAUCGAGUGAGAUGGCUUCACAAGCCUUCGGCUUGCACCAGAGCGACUUCAACUGGGACACACUGAUCGAAAUGCGGGGUUUGGACGGUAACCCGAUCAUGCAAGACGACGGAUCGCAGUUGGAUGAUGUGCAGGAGGAGGACUUGAGCUUGCCAAUCUCCAUAUGGGACCUCUGAAGCUCUACCAACAAUUCGCUGCUAUAUACCGAGCGCAAGUCGAACGCCUUAUCGUUGAUUCAAUGAAGCUAUCUGUAUAAUGUCUCUUUGAGAUUGCACCUCAAGUCGG